UAACUUUAGUAUGAUAAAUGGAUCAGUAAUUUUCGAUGGUUAAUUUUAUGAAUGUUGAUUGAGUAUGUGACGAAAUGUGAUAAGAAACUGCUAAAGAAGCCUUAUUAUCUACGGCUCAUUGAAAAGAUUUUGCAAUCCAGAUGGAGUAUUUUGAUCGAUAGUCGGCGUCGUCGGCCGGCCUGGCAUGAGGGGUUCGUCGCGCCCCUCCCCUCCCCUCUACCUCCAGUACUCACCCCUCUGCGACUCUAUCACCCCUUCUCUCCUUACCCUCAUCUUCGUUCUACUCUCAAUACCCUUCACUAGAACACAAAUGGCUAUAGGCAACAUAACUCAGACCCCUUCAAAUCUUGAAGCAACUUUGAAAGAAGAAUACACUAGUGUAGAAGCAAUAAGCAAUAAUGAUAUCGCUAAAACAGUUAAACAGUAUCAAACACUUAUCGAUAGAUUUAGAAGAAAAAACAUCACUGAAGAAUUUGAAACUACUACGAAUGAAAUCAAUGUAGAAGAUCACAUAGCAGAAUUUAAUGUAAAUAUAGCGCCUAAUAUAAGCAUAAUCAAAAAUAAUGUAAACUACAUAGAUGUAGAAAGCAAUGAAACUGAUUUAGAUAGUGAACUAGAUAAGAGCUCAAAACUAAAAGUAGAAGACUCAACAAGGUCGAAGAUUUUCAACGAUUUUUUCACGACGGUCAAUAAGAACGUUGAUAUUAAGCCUUCUACUGCUCAAACUAGAGUUGAUUUUAAUUUUGUAGAUUAUUUCUUGAACAUGAGUAGUACUGAUUAUGAUUAUGACAAUGGAACAGUUGGUCUAAUGAGUGCUCGAGGUACGAUACGAAGGAGGUUCUCUAAUGAGUCUUUAGCCUUAUCCACUAACCUCAAUUCUCAUGUUCCAUCAAUUAAAACACUACAAACCCCGCGGCCGGGAUUUAUGGAAGAGCUUCCCAAAACGAUGACGAACAGGAUAGUGUCAAUACUGGGCCUGUUCGAGCUAUCUGUCGGGGACUCCCCGAGGACCGACGGAGCGUCCGAACUGGCAGCGGCCAGGCUAGCGGUCGACCAUGUCAACCAGCGGUCUCUGCUGCCAGGGUACAGGCUACACCUCAUCACCAAUGACACGAAGUGUGACCCUGGAGUGGGUGUGGAUCGGUUUUUCCAUGCCCUCUACACGGAGCGGGAGUCAAGAAUGGUGAUGUUGCUCGGAACUGCUUGCUCUGAGGUUACUGAGAGCAUCGCCAAGAUUGUUCCUUACUGGAAUAUAGUGCAGGUGUCAUUCGGGUCGACGUCGCCAGCUCUCAGUGACCGCUCCGAGUUUCCUCUGUUCUGCCGCACGGUAGCACCUGACUCCUCACACAACCCAGCACGGAUUGCGUUUAUAAGACAGUUCGGCUGGGACACGGUGACUGCCUUCACCCAGAAUGAAGAGGUCUACUCCUUAGCCGUCAACGAGCUGGUGACCCAGCUGGAAGCAGCCAACAUCACCUGCGCGGCUUCCAUCACCUUCGCAGAGUCCGACUUCAAGGAACAGCUUCAGCAGUUGAAGGAGCUGGACACGAGGAUUAUUAUAGGCAGCUUCUCGCAAGAGAUGAUUCCGAAGAUAUUUUGCGAGGCGUUCAAGCUGGGCAUGUUCGGCGCGGAAUACGCGUGGCUGGUGGCGGGCGCGCCGCCGCGAAUACGGGGCGCGGCGCCCUGUGCGCGAGCGCAGCUUGCUCGCGCCUUAGAAGGGCUCGUCACUGUGACGGCGCAUAGAGGCAUCGUGGGCGAUGGGACCAGAUUCUCCGGUUUGACCAAUGAGAUGUUCAGCCGAGAAAUGGAGCACGCCGGAGUGUCAGUCUCCUCCUACGCCCCUCAAACAUACGACGCUGUCUGGGCCAUAGCCCUAGCCCUGAGCAAGGCUGAAAACCUCUGGCGGAACCAGGAGGAAGGCAACAGCACCAGGCGAGGCAAACUGGGACUCGGCCAUUUUGAUUACGACCGCAAAGACAUGGCUGAAGAGUUCCUGAACCAGUUGGCCAAUUUGAGUUUUUUAGGCGUGUCGGGUCCAGUGUCGUUCAAUGGGGCUGACAGAAUUGGAACUUCUGCAUUCUAUCAAAUUCAAGGAGGCCGUCCAAAAACAGUAGCCCUCUACACCAACGGCCGAGAGCUAACCUGCAGUGACUGUGCACGACCACAAUGGGCUGGUGGCAUCCCUGCUGCCAAAAGAGUGCUGGUUCUCAGGGUCGACUCCGUGUGGGCGCCGGCGAGAUUGGCAGUAGCCACACUGGCGGCUGCUGGCGUGGCUUUGGCACUGGCGUUUUUAGUCUUCAAUUUGCAUUAUAGCAAGCGGAGGUCCAUAAAACUGUCUUCGCCUCGCCUGAACAACAUGACCCUGAUCGGCUGUGUGCUGGUGUACACUGCUGUGGCCCUGCUGGGACUCGACAACGCUACCCUGCCUUCAUACGUGCCCUUCUCUGCUAUGUGCACUGGCAGAGUGUACAUCUUGUCAGCGGGUUUCUCGCUCGCUUUUGGAUCUAUGUUUGCGAAGACGUACCGAGUUCAUAGAAUUUUCAUCAGGUAAGAUGUCAACCGCAGCGGAGUGUGCAAGACCAAGCUCCUCCAAGACACACCGCUAAUAUCCCUGGUCUGUGCGCUACUGGUCAUCGAUGGGAUGAUCGUGACCCUAUGGGCCAUGCUGGACCCCAUGGAGCGGCACCUCAAGAACCUCACUAUAGAGAUCAGCGCCACGGAUAGGAGCGUCGUUUACCAGCCACAGAUAGAAAUCUGCAAGUCCCAAAACACUACAGGCUGGUUGUGCGCUCUAUACGCCUACAAGGGUCUACUCCUCAUCGUCGGAGUCUACAUGGCUUGGGAGACCAGGAACGUCAAGAUAUCUGCUCUAAACGACUCCAAGUACAUUGGCAUCAGCGUUUACUCCGUGGUCAUCACCAGUACAAGCGUCGUGGUCAUUGGGACGAUUAUAUCAGAGAGGGCUACGUUAGCGUACAUCACAAUUACAAGCUUGAUUCUGAUCACGACGACUUCCACGCUAUGUUUGCUGUUCUUGCCGAAAAUUAUUGCUAUAAGGACUAAAAACGACCCCGUUAUCCAAAGUUUAGGCCUGAGGCUUGAAUGUAAGACUAGAAGAUUCGUGACAGACGAAACACAAGAGCUGCACUUUAGGAUAGAAAUACAGAACAAAGUUUACAAGCGGGAGGUGGCUGCCCUCGACAAGGAGAUUGGAAGACUGGAGAGGCUUUUAGCAGAACCACUCGAGUCUACAAGCAGUUCCAGUGCUUCAAUCGCUCUGCACAAACGAACGGAACUAAACACUGUAGAAGAAGAGGGCAGAUGCCGGUCAGAUCCAGACAGGAGAACGCCCAGUGUGAGCGGAGGUCUACCCAUGCUUCUCCUGUCAGUUCUACCCCCUGUCAUACCGCGAGCGAGCUGGCCUUCCGCCGAAGCCUGCCGCGGUCGAAACUCCGUCAGCUUCAGCUCCCAACCCAAAUUAUACCACAGGAAGUCUCAACCAGCUAUUGACCUGUACAACCUCUGCCUCAACAAGCGAGAAGAACACACAGGUCUUCUCAGCAGACUGAAGAGCUUCUUCGGCAGUCGACCGAGCAGUAGAAAAGCGUCGACUAUGUCCAUAGCUGAUCCAACCGGACAAAGUAUAGCAGCUGCUUUGAAGAUGCACGUAGGAAUGAUAGCCGGUCUCAUGCCAGGGAACAGAAAACACUCCAUGGUCUUGUCAUGCAACACGCUGCAUGUUCCCCACCCAGAGUUGAGACUACGAAGGGAAUCUUACGCAAAGAGCGGACCCAUCAUAAGGAUUACAGACGACGAACCUUCAUGCUCAUAUCAACCGGGAGAGGCUCGAAAAAGCUUAUCAUCUACAACCAAUAAAUACGUGGCAGAGCCAGAGACAAAAGUGAACUUCGUGUUGCCAACUACUCACAAAAAGCCGAUGUCACACCAAAACUCUUGCGAGAGAUUCAAAGGUUCUCCAAGAUUCCCUCACAGGAUUUCUCCAACAGCUACUAGUUUGACUACCCUCGACACUAGAAGAAAAACCAGUGCUGACAGUGUGUUCAAUAUAUCAGGGAGGAUAUGCGACGAGCAGCGGCGGUACAGUCACCAGAAUAUGACAGUCAAUCAAGAGGCAAAAGAUAAAUCUAUUCUGGAAAGCAAAUGGAAGUCGACAGAAGACGCCAGACCUGGACCUUCGUCUCAGAAUUAG